CUCGUCGUCCGUCUUCACUCUGCAUCUGCCCUGGCAACCACGCAGUCUCCUGUUCAGCAAGAUAGACAGACCAGACUCUAUACAGACUUUCGAGCUUCUUUUCCCGUUACCUGCCCGUCACUAUCUGCCAAUUGACUUGCUGUAGUCACCUGCGCAUCCCUAGAAUCCUAGAACAUCCCUACCUAGGUAGUGCCCGACUUGCUCGAAAUAUAACCUUUAUCUCACCAUACUGGAAGCAUUGGGGCGCAUCUUUGGGCAGUGUCUGCGUUUUGCACGUGUUAGUGUGCUGCGCUGCUGCGCGCCUGCCACAUCCAAGUCGCCGUCGCCUCGUCACAGACCGCCUCCGUCUCCAUUGACGGCGCAUCAUUGUUGUGAUAUCAUACAAGUUCAGCAGCAUGGCCGACGAAGCAAUUGCUGGCCACUACCAGGUUCUCGAAGAACUCGGUCGUGGUAGCUUUGGUGUUGUAUACAAAGGCAUUGAGAAAGCAACUGGAGAGGUGGUAGCUAUCAAACAUAUCGAUCUCGAAUCAACCGACGAUGAUAUCCAAGACAUCCAAGCCGAGAUAUCGGUACUGGCCACAUGCGCCAGUUCCUAUGUCACACAGUACAAGGCAAGUUUCCUACGUGGGAGCAAACUUUGGAUUGUUAUGGAGUAUCUCGGCGGUGGAUCGUGUCUCGACUUGCUAAAGCCCGAGCCUUGCUCUUUUGGCGAACCGCAGAUUGCCAUCAUCUGCCGCGAACUCCUCCGCGGCCUCGAGUACCUUCAUGCCGAAGGAAAGAUCCACCGAGAUAUCAAGGCCGCCAAUGUCUUGCUCUCGGAGACGGGAAAGGUCAAGCUGGCCGACUUCGGUGUAGCUGCACAGCUCACCAACAUCAAGUCUCAGCGUAACACCUUUGUUGGUACCCCUUUUUGGAUGGCGCCAGAAGUGAUUCAACAGUCUGGCUAUGACUUCAAGGCAGAUAUUUGGUCAUUAGGUAUCACAGCUCUAGAGAUGGCAAAUGGGGAGCCCCCUCAUGCGAGCCUUCAUCCUAUGAAGGCCCUUUUUCAUAUCCCGAAGAACCCUCCCCCGAGGCUUGAAGGCAAUUUCUCUAAGGAAUUCAAAGACUUUAUCGCGCAAUGUCUUAUGAAAGACCCAGAACGUAGGCCCUCGGCUAAGGAGCUCUUGCGACAUCGGUUCAUUAAGUCUUCUGGCAAGGUUGAAGCCUUGCAAGAGCUAAUCGAGAGGAGGCGAACUUACGAUGCGACAAAGACCAAGAAGAGAAACCGGCCUUACUACCAGGAAACUCUUCAAGACUUUUCGCCUAGAGACGAGGAAGAUGAAUGGGUCUUUGACACAGUGAGGUCGGUCGUGCCGCGGAAAGCAACGGUUAAGUCACGGAAACCAUCAUCCAUAUUCUCUACUGAAGAAGCGUUGAGACGGAUGGAUCUUAAGGACGCGCCUCUACAGCCAACUUCCCCUGCACCGCCAACGAUGCGGAAGUCCACUGUAUUGAGACAGCCGUCAGGGGCCCUGAUCUCUAGUACUAGGUCCGUACGUGGUCAACCCCCUCCAGCUAUACGACGUCCGCUCCAACCAGACAUGUCCUUCGGUAAUUCUGGCUCCUCACAACGACUGUUCCGAAGGGUGCCGUCUGACGGCUCCAACUCUGGACGUGCUUCUUCCCCUAGCCCCUUUGACGAUGUCGCAGAUGAGAAUAAGCACCCAAAUGCGGUCGAGGUAACUAGUAAGGAGGCAAUCCUAGGUCGACGUUUAUAUUCGAAAGCGCUUGAUCCUGCCCUCGCAGAACUUCACGCACAGACAUCUAGCAUGGCUAAGAGAGAAGCCCUCGCAAAACUGUCCGAUGCCUUUGCCGCACUCGAUGCCGUGGACCCAGAGGGGGCAUACCACCUUUUCCGCAACCUUAACGCAACCAUGGCGCAAGAUAGCAAACUGUCAAACGCAUUCUUGAAUCCUUUAGAUUCUACAAUGGGUCCCCUGGACUCGGAGAAGCCACCUGGAACGGUGAUCAUUAAGAGUGCACCAGCCAACCCGCCUCCGAGCCCACCGAAACUUGUUCUCGCUGCAAACAAUCCGCACUUAAAGAGUCAUAGGCGGCGCCAGAGCGCCGCGCUACUACCUACCGGUACAGGUAGUCCUGAAAAGGCUACCAAGCAAGAACGUGAUGCUGAGAAAGUAGCGUUGCAAGCCAAGUACCCUGGUCGCGUGGCCCAACCCGGUAUGGAGCAUUGCAAACAGCUUUCCGACGUACUUUACAGCCGGUGGAUCGAUGGCCUACGUCUGCGUUGGCCUGGGACAUGAGUGAUAAAAAAUUGUGUGAUUUAAUUCUAUACCCAGUGUCAUACUACUCUCCAAUGAACGGCGAAUCGUACAGCGAAUAGUCAUGGAAGGCUUGGAUUCUUCCACUGAAAGUCGAAACUUACCUUGUACCACUUAUAAACGCUGUACUGGGGGAGCUGUGGAGCAAUGCUUUCUAGCACAGGUGUACCAACUUAGGUGUUUUGUCACGCUUGUGUCUCUAAACAAGCGAAUCGGGUAUUUUGGUCACUGUCGGGUGUUUUUCGAUCUCGGAACAGGGUGGAGUUCUUGUUAGGGUCGUUUAGGAGUUUUGUGCUUUUUCCGCUGUUCAUAUAUGUGCAUUAUCCGGUGUUAUAAUGAUUUCCACGUUCUCUCUUUUGCAUCUACCUCAUGUAAGGGGACUCAGCAGUUCCUGGCAAAUAGGUAGUGAAGGAGAAAGAAGCUUUCCGCUUUUACUCCCUUACUGAUUGGAUUUUUGAGGAGGAUGGAUGCGACUGUAUAGAUAAAUAAUUAGGUAGAUGCUUAUAAGGCUGAUCUCUCCCGGAGAGUUGAUGAGACAAGUUCUGUGAGUUGGACUUCCGUAAAUAGACUGCAAUCCCUGACAUCCAUGUGUCUCUGCAUGAUUCAGUAGUGGCAAUUAACGAAGUUUGGAUAACAGAUGUUUAAUUUCUGAUGCCAUUCAUCAUAUAGCACUACGUUUAUGACAUCCCGUUAGUAUUCGUAAGACUGAUUCAGGGAGUGCAAG